UGGCACCAGGCGCAGCUUCCAGCGCGCAGUCACGGCGCAGCUUGGGAACCCGAGCGCCGGGGAACCGCGGGUCCCGCCUCGCUGCAGGAAAGCAGGAGGAAAACGACGCGAUCCGGGUCAAACAAAAGAAUCCGAGGGCCGGGAGGCGGGAGGGCGACUACCUGCUGGAAGCCAGCGUUCCUGCUGGCCCUGCGCACACGCAAACCGGGCCUCCUUUGAUGUUCUGCAACUGAUCACCGGUCAGAUUACGCAUUUCAUCUCCCUGCUCGUCUGCCUUUGAUCUGCGGGCUUAAUUCCAUUUUCCUGGAUUUGAAGUUUUGUCUGGGCUUGUGCUGACAGACAUUUUUGGGAAGGAGAAGCACUUGGCACAGAGGUGCUGCCAAGGAGAAACUCGGGCGCCGAAAGGGUGAGUCCUGGAAAGAGUUCAGCGCGUUGAAGAACCUUCAGCCAGAAAGGCGUUGAGUAAGAACAAUGGCUUUCGAAGUCCUCCUGGAGCGGCAGAAGACACUCUUCCCGAUUCUGGUCUUGCUAACCGGUUUGGCAUGUAAAGGAACGUGUGAAACAGGAGACUGUGGCCAGCAGGAAUUCAGGGAUCGAUCGGGAAACUGUGUUCUCUGCAAGCAGUGUGGGCCUGGCAUGGAGUUGUCCAAGGAGUGUGGCUUCGGCUUCGGGGAGGACGCUCGGUGCGCGAGCUGCCGGCCGCUCCGGUUCAAGGAGGACUGGGGCUUUCAGCAGUGCAAGCCGUGUCUGGACUGCGCGCUGCUGAGCCGCCUCCAGAAGGCCAACUGCUCCGCCACAGCGGACGCCGUCUGCGGGGACUGCCUGCCCGGGUUUUAUAGGAAGACAAUGCUCGUCGGUUUUCAGGACGUGGAGUGUGUGCCUUGCGGGGACCCCCCGCCCCCUUACGAGCCGCACUGUAGCAGCAAGGUCAACCUGGUGAGGAUCCCGUCCACGGCCUCCAGCCCGCGGGACACGGCCCUGGCCGCCGUGAUCUGCAGCGCACUGGCCACUGUCCUGCUGGCCCUGCUCACCCUCUGUGUCAUCUACUGUAAGCGGCAGUUCAUGGAGAAAAAGCCCAGCUGGUCUCUGAGGACACAGGACCCGCGGUACCAGGGCUCUGAACUGUCCUGUUUUGACAGACCUCGGCUCAGCACCUCCGCUCCCCGUGUGUGUUGUCAGUGCCACCGGGACUCCCCUGCGACCUGCGGGCCUGUCCACCUGACCGCAUCCGGGUGCUGUGACGGGGUCUGCAUCGUCGGCCGGGAGACCCCUGGGUGUAGGGUGCAUUCCAAGGCUGCUCACCAGGAGAGGUCCGUAUGUGGCGAGUUCUCAGACGCCUGGCCUCUGAUGCAAAAUCCCAGCUGUGGUGACGACAUCUCUUCUUGCGACUCUUACGCUGGACUCACUGGAGAAGAUGUUCCUUCUCUCAGCCUGGAAGACGGAAGUCCAUCAUCCUUGGACCCCAGCGGGCGUCGGGGGCUGGUCGGCGAGGCUGCUCCAAUUCCAGCUCACCUUGAAGACUUGACGGAGACGACUGAUUUACCGAGACACAGCAACUCACUGCCAGAGCCGGUGCUGACCCAGGACGUGCUCUCGGCCAGAAGCCAGCGAGGUCAGGAGAGAGAGGACCCCCUAAUCUGCCCGCCCACACAUCCCACCAGGUGCAGCAGUGAUGGGCUCCAGUGGGCACAGCGCUGACUUAGGGGGAGCAGGGGGAGCAGAGCUCUCGCCCCCCCAAAAUGCUCCUGCGUAAAUGAGGAGCAUUUCCCUCGCGUACAGUAACACACAGGUGCCCAUGCCUUUCCCCUCCUGAAGUGAGGUCGCUGCCCUCUUGUAAUAAGGUCAGCUCGGACGGCUGCUCUCUGCUGAGGACGUUUGCUCCGUGAAGAGUGGGGUGUUCCAGGGAGGUCAUUAUAAGAGAAGGCUCGUUCCCAAACUCUAAACUUUCUCCAAUAGUUUAACAAAAGUUUUCAAUUGAAAGACAUCUAAGAAUGGCGUUAAUCCCUAUCCAUCUGCGUUCUUUCAAAGAACCGACUGAAGAAUCCUAAAAUCUUUUCUGACAAGUACUUUAACAGAGUGCAACCCGGAAACAAGCUUUAAAUGUUUGAGGUUGAAAAUCAGCAAAAGCAGCAUUUGUUGAUACUGUUCGGGGUACAUUUUCAUCUUUUCAGAACCGUUUGGGCACACUGACUAUAGGUUGUUAGCCAAUCUUUAUUUUGAUUCUCAGAGUUACACGGGUCUCUGGAUACUGGAACACUAUUACCAGACACACACUUGUCCGCAUGGUCUGCGCUCACGUGCGUGCCUAGUGGAGGUUUUGCGCUGUGUGUUUUCGCAGUCACAGCUCAGCUGCUUUAAUUGGGAAGCUGUCAUGUUCAAAGCUUUCCGUCUGUCACUCUUUCAGGAAGCCAGAAGGACUUGCUUCUUCCUGCAGUGAAGUGUCACAUGGGGCCCCAAGGACACUCACUCCUCUGCGUGUGAAUGGCGCACCGCCUGGACCUCGCUCGGCUUCUGGGGGCCAAGAGAAAAUCUGAACCAAACCGAUGGCGUUUUUCAGCCUUUCGCCCAGUGGCUUCUGAGCCAGACCAGCUGUAUGCUGCAACCUCAAGGCACAGGCUCUGGGCCUGUGAACCUCUGCGUCUUUCCCGCACAGGGAACCGCUGUGCUCAGGCCGGACUUCACAGGCCGCUGGGCCUCGUCUGCAGCCUGCGAGCGAGUGUGUGCGCCUAACAAGGAGCACGAGUGCAUUCCUGGUGGGCGCUCUCACAGGACUGCAGACCCGGAGGAUACAUGUGCAUUUGCCUUUUCUUUCCAGAAAUAAUUUCGUACAGCCAAUUAUCCUGCUAGAAGUCAAUGUCAGAUUAGUUACCUUCACCUUUAUGUCAGAUGGGUUCAAAGUGGAGUGUCUACUGACUGAAGGUCACUUUUUCAUCAUCUAAAUAAUUAGCGUAGGAGGUGAGAAUUGACCGCCUACAGCUGCCCGAGUCCUGGGCUUAUUAGAUGAUAUUAACGGUCCUAAUCAGGAAUCAGAAGAGACGUGAUCUUUUCCAGAAUGGACACUCCUCACCUCAGCCACUGUCUAGUAGCAGGAGGGGCCGGAGUCAGGGGAUGUGGCUGGAAAAGGCAGACCAGCCCACCGUCACCCUGAGUUAAAGCCCCCGGACGCUUGCAUCGUUGGUGAGCAGGUUCAUGUGAAAGUCACGAUAAGGGAGCAGCUGUUGCCUCCGUCCCUGUGACUGCGCUUUAAAGACCCAGAGCUUCUCUUUGAUAGGAAAGUGGUAUUUAUAAUUUCCUUUUAUGUGCAUCGAAUUUUAUCCUAAAGGCUUUAGAAAGGACAACACAGCAGGUUUCCCUGCUGCUGAAGCAGCACCGGGUGAGGUGUCUGUGAGACCACGCAGCAUGUUAGAAGCAGAGGAAAAAGCCCAGCUCGUAGGCGGCGUUUAGGUGAACUGUGCGUAACUGCCGUGGCAGUUUGACUAGGGUUGUAGGCUUUCCUCGAUCUCGUAAGCUUCGUCAGCACAGUAACUCCCAUCUCAGCCAGAGGAUGCUGGAGUUAACCGUCCAGUGCUUCUAGGAAGGCGUUCCAUCCCUACCACCUUGGUGUUUCUGUGCUAGAAGUACCCUUAGCGCUACGACAGAAAUAACCCAGCCGUGAACCAGGGGACAGCUCGUUUGCUCUUUCUGUGCCCUGGAGAGGAGUUACUAGAGCAGGGUUUAUUGUCUUCCUGCUUGAACCUGCACGAUCAGCUCUGGUGUUGUCUUUUAACUGAUUACUCUUGGCUCCCUCCCAUUUGCACUUAAAAAAGAAACAGACCUUUGAAUGUACAUGUAUUAGAGAAUGCACAGAAACUUUGUUUCCAAAUUGCCCCCCCCACCCCGCCACGGUCAAAUCAGUGUCUUCUACCUGACAUUUAAACUGAGUGUGAGAAAUCUGCCUUUCCUAGGACAUUUUAACUUCCCUCUUAUCACCCCACACUUUUCUUUCUUUGCAAGGCUUUGAUGAAAUCUCGCAAGGCCUCUUCCUUGUGCUGGAAUUGUUCCUCCAUCCACAGUUGAGGAUUUGCUGUGCGGACACUGGCUUACCCGGGUUUGGUACAUCGUGUGUGUGACCCCGUUCCUUUGACUGAAAUAGGAAAUUAACCAGAGCACUCAUGGUAACGCCAAGCCUUUCGGGUCUACCUGGAACCCAGCCACAGUCGAUUGACUUUUUCUUUUUUCUUUUCCUAUUUUAGCGUAGAGCAGAGGUUCUUAAGCUCUGGUACUCACCAGCUCCUCUGAGACUUGCCUUUAGGAGCCUCAUGUACAGCACUUCGGGUCUGACCACAGGUGUCCAUGAAAACGCAGGUUCCUUGAGUGGCUUCGCCAUAAAUCACGUGGGGCCCGCCUUUGCAGUCUGCUCACUCUUGUUCGGGGGAGGGAUGGUCCAGGUAGGCUAGCGCUGUGUUCCUUUUUGUAACCUGAGUAUGUUUUCCGUAUGUGUAGCCCUCAUUAACUCCAAAGGCACAUGCUUGCGGGAUAAAGCUAAGGUUGAUGGGGAAUGAGACUUCAGCCCCAGAUCCUAAAACAUCACUUUGGAUCUGUAGAGAACCACCUAGGGUUAAAAACUGAUUUCCUGUGAUACCGCACUUGAAAAGUCCUGGGUUAUGUUUAUCAAGAUGGAGACAUUGUACCACCACCUGCUACCGGAACACUCCGUGAUGUUAUAGUCUGUGCUCUUUGUAAAUACUGGAGAAAACCAUCCAGUUACCAUUUCACAUCAUUAGAAUAACCUGGGGCACUCAGGCUUGGCUGAGAGGGUGCUGGUGCCAGGAAGACCCCAUCAGGCAAUAACAGGGCUGGAGCGUGAGUCCCUGUGACUUUCAGCUCCGCAGAAACACGUCACCACGGAUGCGACUAGUAUUUGGAGAGCAACCGCGUAAAGGCAUGGAUUUCCUGAUUUUGUGUAUAUGGAGCACAUUUUUCAAAUACAGGUUUUUUCUACUUUAGGUGAAGUAUUACUGUUGCUAGGUUAAGCACUGUUGUCUGUGCUAGUACAAAAAUAGGACAGGAGCAUCUCCAUCGUUGCUUUAGGGCAGUCAGAUCGCACCAGUUUAGAGUGCGUCGUCACUGUUUUGCCUACUGGGACUUACGAAUUUGUAAAUUUUGGUUUUCUCACACAAACCGUUUUGUAAGACCUUUUUUUUUAUUUGUGAAUAAAAUUGCUACCUGGUA